CUCUCUCUCUCUUUCUUUCGAUUAAAAAACAUUUUCAAAAAGUUUAUAUUAGAAAAUUUGUUGCUUUGAAAAAAAAGAAAAUUCUUUCUUUUCAUCAUUCACGAUAACGAAUUAAAUUCUAUUUUAAUUUUUUCCCCAUGUAAAUUUUGAUUUUGAUGAAAAACGGUAAAAGUGACGUGUAAGAAAAAGUGCGCAAACACGAACACAAAUGGUUAAUACAAAUUUCAUAAUUUUGUAAAAAAAAAGUACCGCAAAAUUGGAAUUAAAUUUGAUUAAAGAAUAAAACAAAAAAAAAAAAAAAAUGUCAACAACACUUUCGAAUGAAGCGCAAAUGCGUUAUAUUAUCGAAUGGUUUCAAGAAUGGUCGGAAAUGCAACGCGCCGAUUUUCUUGGCAUUUUUCUUGAACGUUGUACACCACCUGGUCUUGUUAAUGGUCUACUCUCAGGAAUUGAGGGACUAUGCAGUAAAGAUGACAUCGAUCGACCGCCAAGUUUAUUUCAAUGUCGCAUUAAAUUAUUUCGCGAAUGGAGUCAAAAUUGGACGCAACAAGAAAAAGAAUCGCUCACUGUAUCAAUAAAAAAUAUUGAUUCAAAAUUUGCCGAACAAUACGAUCAAAGAUUAUCAGAAGCCACUAAUAAUGAUGGUGAAGAAUAAUUUAAAUACAAAGAAAAUUAAUUGCCAAAAAAAAAAAACAGAAAAAAAAUUACUUAUACGAAAAUAUAAGUAAGAGAUAAAAAAAAAGAAACUACAUACAAAUUUUUUUGUAUUGUUUUUUUUUUUUUGGAAAAAUUUCGAAGAAGACUGGAUUUAUUGCUCCGUAUAAUUUUAUAUAUAUUAUUAUUAUAUAUAUAUAUAUAUAGUUUAUAAAUAAGGAAAAUAAUUGCGAAAAAUUUUUUUUUUAAAUAUUUCACUGGAAAAUUUAAUGAUUAAAUUUAUUUAGAAUUU